AGAACCACAAUUUGGGCUCUCUUCACUCUGCAACUAAAUGCAAAGGAAAGUGAAAGUAACUGCCUUCUUUGUAAGUCAGACAUGGCUGCUGCUCCAAGGGCAGAGGAUCUCUUACAGGAUCUUUGUGAAGAAGCCACUUGUUCUGUUUGCUUAGAUUAUUUCAAGGAUCCCGUGAUUUUAGACUGUGGGCACAACUUCUGCAGAGCCUGCCUGACCCAGACCUGGGGGAAGUCAGGCAACAAAAAGACCUCCUGCCCUCAGUGCAGAGAAAUCGUUUCACAAAAGAACCUCAGAAAAAACCAGCAGCUAGCCAAUCUUGUGGAAAAAGUGAAGCUACUCAGCCUUCAGAGACCUAAGCAGGCAAAGGGCAAGGAGAGAGUCUGUGAGAAACACCAGGAGCCCCUCAAUCUGUUCUGUACACAUGAGGAAACCUUCAUUUGUGUGGUGUGCGACAGAUCCAAGGAGCAUAUUGAUCAUCGAAGGCUUCCUCUGGGGACGGCUGCUCAAGAGUACAAGGUUUUGAUGGGUCUCCGUCAGGAUGAUCUGGUGAAGGAGAAAGAAAAGAUUCUUGUAUAUGAAGAAGAGACAGAAAAGGAAGCCCAAUACUUGCUGAAGCAGACAAAAGCAAAAAUUGAAAAAACCUUAGAAGAAAUCACAGAAAUGCGGCAGUUUCUGGAUAAACAGGAAAAAUAUCUCCAGGCCGAGAUGGAGGAACUGGAGAAGCAAAUUACAAGGAAAAGAGAUGAACACUUAGUCUUACUUUCCCGGGAACGUUCCUCUCUGGCAAGUCUCAUCCAGGAGAUGAAAGAGAAAUGUCAGCAGCCACCUGCAGAACUGCUGCAGGAUGUGAGGAACCUCUUGCAGAGGUUUGAGGAGAAGCAAGCAUCCGAGAAGCCAGUGGCUUUUCCUCCGAAGCUGAAAUGGAAGAUCUGGGAGUUUUGUGAUCUAAAUUCCUUUCUAGUUGCUGCCAUGAAGCCAUUCCGAGUUGCUUUCCUAGAUGCUCUGUUACCUGGGCUAGAGCUUCAGAAAGCAAAUGUCACUCUGGAUCCAGACAAAGCUUAUCCCUGGCUCACCCUGUCUGAGGAUCAUAAAAGUGUGAGACUUGGAGACAAGCCUCAAGACCUGCCUGACAAUCCUGAGAGAUUCAGUGACCGAGCAUAUGUGUUGGGAAGAGAGGGAUUCACAUCCGGCAGGCAUUUCUGGGAAGUUGUUGUGGAAGGGGAAGGAGACUGGUCUGUGGGGGUGGCCAGGGAAUCUGUCAGGAAAAAAGGCCCUGUUGACUCUGGUUCUGAGGAUGGGGUCUGGGAUGUGGGCAAGUGGGAAGGUAAGUAUCGAGGUGCCAGUCUCCCUUCUAGUACUGAUUUCAAGCUGAGUGAAAAGACCAAGAGGGUCCGAGUCUGUUUGAACUACACUGCAAACCAGUUGGCCUUUUAUGAUGCUGAUACGGGAGACCAGAUCUACCUACUAUCAGACCUCCCGUUCUCCGGAGAGACUGUCCUCCCAUUCUUUUAUGUGCAUGAUAAAGGCCACCUCAGAAUCUCACCUUAAAGCAGGCAAGCCUCUUUCACAGGUCUUGUUCUCUAAACCUGGAUUAUAAUAAUAUAAGGAGUUUAUUAAACUCUUCUUGGAAAAAUAUUUUUAAAGUAAACAAAAUGCUUUUAAUGUUAAUAAAAGAUGAUUUCAUUGCUUGUAAUCUGCCAUUAAAGCUUUUGAGAGAGAAUAGGACUCAAAUGUUUUAAUGAAUAAACAUAGAUUAUACAAACCUCAAA